GUUACUACCCGCACACAAUUGCAGCUGUCGGACUAAGUUUGUCUUGUCAACCUGCACUCCUUAUCCAGACAUAGGUGGCACACAACGUUGACAGACUGACCCCCAAGAACUCCGUUGCUCCAGACCAGUUCGUGUAUUUCGUCCAACACCCCCGUGGAACCAAGCCUGCGGAGACAAACACUUGGUGCGCGUGCAUGCAAUCAGCUGAGAGUGAGUGAGAUCCUUCCAUAUCAAAGCAAACUUCGUUUUCUGCUGCUUCCACAACAUCCAACCUCUGUAGAGUUGGCUUCAAGCUUCAGAAAGCGCCUUCUUUUUAUUCUCUAGAGUGGGACGAAGACGUAGCGAUUUCAAAAUCAAAAUGCCGUCGCUGCAAAAGAUUGAGAACGCCGUGGACCCGCACCAUCACUUCUGGUCGCCCAAGACACACGAUUGGCUGGAGAAGGUUGCAGAGAGCGGCCACCCGGCCGGGCCCUUCCGAUCUGUAUUGAACUACCACGUGGAAGACUAUGCCCAGGACGCAGCCACUUUCAAUGUCACCAAAUCCGUCCAUGUGCAAGCGCAUUUCAGCGGGGAGCCCGUGGAAGAAACCAAGUGGCUGCAAGAGAUCAGUGACAAAUCGGGAUUUCCUACCGGCAUUGUCGCGUACGCGGACCUGACGAAACCCGACGUUGACUCGGUGCUGGCCGCCCACUGCCAGUACUCGAACAUGCGCGGCAUCCGGCAGAUGAUCGACUAUCACCCGACGAACGAGCAGUGGCGCCAGUGCCCACACGACAAGUUCAUGACGGACGACGCCUGGCUGACGGGUCUGCAGCUGCUGCCCAAGCAUAACUUGUCGUUUGACAUGCAGAUACACGUGCCGCAGAUGCAGGUGGCAUCUGAGGUGGUUCGUCGCAACCCCAAUGUCCAGUUUAUGCUGAACCACGCUGGAUUCCCCUACACAUUCACUGAUGAUGCUAUACAGAGCUGGAAAGAAGGUAUGAGUGCUUUGAGUCGUCAUGACAACAUAGCCGUCAAGCUCUCCGGCUUCAACAUGUACUACAAGGAGUGGAACAAGCAGGUGCUGCAUCCGCUGCUGGAGUAUGCCAUCAACACAUUCUCUGUGGGCAGGUGUAUGUUUGCGAGUAACUUUCCGGUUGACAAGAUCAAUGGCAAGUACGCUGAUCUCCUGGGCACGUAUCUGGAGGUCUGCGGUGACCUGGGCUACUCGCAGGCGAACGCCGAGCAGAUGUUCAGGGACAAUGCACUGCGCCUCUACCGCCUCUAGAUGCUGAGCAGCUAGCCCUCGGGUGCCGGGCCAGGUGGUCUACUUCUGGUGUCAUCGCACCAGGAUGUCAACCAUCGCACCAGGAUGUCAAGUCAUUCGUCGUAUAGGAACGUUAUGCUCAAGCCCAGUGAGUCAGUCGUUGUUGCAAUGUUUUUUGUUUUGUUUUAUCCUUUAAAAAGUUGCAGUCACUGCCUCAAUCUCUAUCUAGGUGGGAGCUAGAGGCUUUCGCAACGAGAAUUCUCAGAUCAAAGUGCCUGUUUUUGAUCUGCGGGUUUAGCAGCAGCUUUUGACCUGAGGGGUACUAGUACAUGUGGUGGUGGCGGUUCACCGGUGGGGAAGUUUGGAGGUCCUUUUUUUGUCUUUUGUCAAAUUUAUCUAAUUAUUGCCUUUUUAGUGGUAGUCGUAUAAGGCAGCCUUACAUAACGACUGCCUUGCUCUGCAUACGCACCCUCUCAAAGAUAUAGUAUUUUUCGGCGCAAACAAACCAGUAGGCGGCGCCUGUAUUGUAUUACUAUUUUUGGCUAAUUUAAAAAAAAGAAAAAAGAGUAGGCACUAUUUUGACUAUAGUAUAUCAUAGUAUAUCCCUAUAUCCCUAUACGGCCUCACUAUCACACAUUAUUUUUCAGAAUUCAAUUAUUUUUGGCCACAUAGCAUCCGUUCACCAUCACUGCUGCUAGUCUCCAUGGCUGGUUCAUGACAAGCUCAAGCAGGCAGCGAUGGUGGGGGAGCACUGAUACCCUACUCUGAGCCUCCUAUUCUAUUUCUUGUUGUCAACAAUUUAUUUAGUGGUGUUAAAAGUACGUCAGAAGUACAUCAGUGCCUUGAUCCUGGAUGUGGGGGCUUUCCCCUGAAAACGAUUUUUUGUUAAUCCGUUA